AGAGAAGACAGAAACGCCAACCACCCGACAACCCUUGGAACUCGGCCACCUUCUCCCUAGCAAUGUCCGGAGUUGAAGUUGCAGGUCUUGUCCUCGGCGCACUCCCAUUAAUAAUCGAAGCGAUAAAGAUAUACGCCGAUGGCGUUUCGACUGUCGAGCGUUAUUUGAGAUACGAGGAACCACUUCUUGACCUUUACUGGGCACUCGAGACCGAAUACAUCAUGUACCAGAACACUUGUGAGCAGCUUCUUGAUGGAAUCGUGGACAGCAAUACCGAGAUGGCUAUGUUGCUGCAAGAUCCAGGCGGCCCGGCAUGGAAGAAACAAGAACUGGAAUGCAUGGUAAAGCACCGGUUAUCGCGUUCUUAUCCCAGCUAUGAGAGGGCCAUGUAUAAAAUGGAAUUGGCGGUUGAUGGGAUCAAAGGACUGUUGAAGCUUGGUCCGACCGGAGAGGUCCAGAUCAAUAGCGAGAACGGGUUCAAAAAGGAGUAUAAGAGGCUCAAGUUCAGUCUGAAAAAGUCACAGUACGAUAAACUGGUGACCACAAUUCGAGAGAACAACUUCGUCUUGGAGAAAUUGACCCAGCAAAGCCUCAAUCUUGAAUCAUCUCGAGCCACUCGACAAUCCAAGAAGUCUCGUCCAAACUUCAAGGCUAUCCAAGAAUAUGCUCGUAGUGUCUACGAAUCCAUACAAUCCGGCUUAAAGUGCGGAUGUUCAACGUCUCAUGGCGCGAACUUGCGCCUAGACACCAUGACAAAAAUCGAAACUGGACCGGUUCGGUUCGAUAUCAUCCUUUCUUACACACAUAAGGAAUCGGCCCCUGUCAAGGCGCCAUGGAAGUUGGAGGCUAUGGAAAUUGGUCCGAUAGAUGAUGUUUCCCAAGUCACUGAGACCGGCCCAUUUCUGCCCUGUCACCCGAAACCCAACCCAAAGGACAAGAGAGUCAAAUUCCAGGAAACAAAAAAGAAGGCCACCACGAUCAUAGCAUCCGAAAUGAGUAACCUCACUCAGAUAUCCGAUCUUUGCGGAACUAUAUGCCAAUUACAGCAACCUUCACAGGGAAAUUGUAUUGGUUUCCUUGUUGACAAUUUCACAAAUCAAAAGCUUGGGGUCUUUCGCCUUUCAACAUCCGUCUAUCAACAAAAGCCAAGCUCUCUUCUGCCUUUACGGCAAGUUCUUUCGCAAUCACAGAGUGACCACGUACUACGCAUCAGUGGUUUCACGCUGGCCAAUAGAGUGCGCCUUGCCGUCUCGCUCACUUCAGGGUUCCUUCGGUUACAUGGGACCCCUUGGCUUCAGGGAACCUGGGAUAAAGAUGAAAUAGUCUUCCCCCAAGACACUUUGAAGAGGCAGUAUGAGCGCUCUUAUGUGUUUCCAAGGGAUCUUUUUGAAAAACCAAUCAAAACACAAAAGAGCAGCCGAAGCGACCUUCUAUCAGAUCUGGGCUUCCUCCUCAUAGAAAUUCUUUUUGGGAAACCAAUGGAUGUGCUAAUUGACAGCAUCAAGGAGCCCGGUGAAGACGGUAGCACUGCAUCGAGAUGGAAACGCAUAAACAGGCUUGUCGAUCAUAUUUCUUUUGAAGUCGGCACUGCGUAUUCUAAGGCUGUUCAUCGUUGUAUUUCUUACGAUUUCGGCAAGGAUGUAACUGGUAUCAGUGACGAAGACUUUUCUUAUAUCUUCUAUGAUCAGGUUGUAUCUCCACUUGAAGAUCUUUUGCAGGCUUUCCCUGUUAUGAAGUAGAGUAUCUACAGCUG